AUGCCCUCUCUUCAACUCUCAUUGUUUUACUUUUUGACUAAUUCGUUCACAUUAUGGCCUGAAGCCUAUAGUUGCAAUGAAUCUAUGAGGCUUCCUGGUCCUAAAUGGCCGGUUUAUGGAAUCUACCUAGUUGUUUCUGGAACUUUUCUUUUAUCUUUAUACCUCCCCUGCUACAUUGCAAUUCUGAAAUCAAAAUCACGAAAAUCACCUACCUAUCGCUUGAUGCUAAUUCUCGGAAGUUUGGAUCUAACGGCUCUUUUCAUCAACUCCAUAUUAGCUGGCUACUACGCAUUCAAUGGAAUUUCAUUUUGUCAACUACCCAUAUUCAUGUUCACUACCGGAGCAGUUACGGUAGGACUUUGGGUAUCUGGUUGCUUUGCGAGCAUUCUCAUGGCCAUGGAUCGCUGCGCAGAAGUUAAUCCCCAAUUUCCUCUCGCUUUGCUUUUUCGAGGUCGCACAUUUAAUUAUGUGAUUUUUCUACUCUUUAUUUAUGGAAUGUAUGCGUUUUUAUUCACGCAGCCAGUCAUUUUUUCUACCCAAUAUCAUAGUUAUCUCUAUGACCCUAUGAUUGGAAAUAAUCCAAAAAUUUACUUGAAUUAUACAACUGUUGUGAACAAUACGUUAUCAACAGUUCUGACAACUGGGAUGUAUUUUCAUUUGUGCUAUUACUUGAUUUUCAAAUUUGGAUAUUCUACAUCAAUGUGGCUAUACAAGUCUAAACGACAGAUAAUCGCACAAGGUAUCAUACUAACCUUUUUCCAUGCCUCAACUUCUAUCAUUUACGAGUACGUUCAGUUUUUCCCGGCCCCGUGGUGGCUCAUCCUUAUCGCUCAUAUUUCCUGGCAGUUUAGCAGUGGAUGUUUGGGAAUUGUAUAUUUGACUUUGAAUCGGACGAUACGGAACUCUGUUGUCAAAAUGAUUUUUCCCAAGAAAAUGCGAUUAUAUUUUGGCUGGUACAUUGGAACCGAUGAGCACGUGGCUUUGGAGCAGGCGGGGAAUACGCUGAAAACUGCUGGAAAUGCAGUUGGAGUUGGCAUCAAUUUUGAUAGUUAUUUUCAGAAUUGA